UUCCCUGCAUGUUUUCCUUGCUGAUGUUGCACUAGAAAUGUGAACGUUUGCGUUCAUUGUUUACCUUUUCUAUUUUCGCCAGCUGUUAAGCUGUUAAGUCACAAUGAAAACAAGAUUCACCACUGUGGAUAUCAGGGCAGUUAUUGCCGAAAUCAACGCCAACUACAUCGGCAUGAGAGUGAACAAUGUAUAUGACAUCGACAAUAAGACGUACCUCAUUCGGCUACAAAAGCCUGACAACAAAGCUGUUCUCCUGAUUGAAUCUGGAACCCGGAUUCACUCCACAGACUUCGAAUGGCCAAAGAAUAUGAUGCCUUCAGGCUUUGCAAUGAAGUGCCGAAAACACCUGAAGACACGACGGUUGACCCAGGUUAAGCAGCUCGGGAUGGACAGGAUUGUUGACAUCCAGUUCGGCUCUGACGAGGCUGCCUACCACUUGAUUGUCGAACUAUAUGACAGGGGUAACGUCAUUCUUGCAGACUAUGAGUACACCAUUCUGAAUCUGCUGCGGUUUCGUACAGCGGAGGCAGAAGAUGUCAAGAUUGCUGUGAGAGAGCGGUACCCUGUGGAGAGUGCCCGACCCCCAGAACCUCUCAUCAGUUUAGAGCGACUCACUGAAAUCAUUAGCAAAGCACCAAAUGGAGAGCAAGUGAAAAGAGUCCUGAAUCCUCAUCUUCCCUAUGGAGCCACUCUGAUAGAACAUAGUUUGAUAGAAGCAGGACUGCCAGGCUCUGUCAAGGUUGACAGCCAAGUUGAUGCUGCCCAAGUUUCACCGAAAAUCCUGGAAGCUCUGGAGAUGGCAGAAACAUACAUGGAGAAAACGGAGAAUUUUAGUGGCAAAGGUUACAUCAUUCAAAAGAGUGAGAAGAAACCAAGCUUAAUCCCUGGGAAACCCAAUGAGGAACUGCUGACUUAUGAUGAAUUCCAUCCAUUCCUCUUUGCCCAGCAUGCCAAGAGCCCCUAUUUGGAGUUUGAUAGUUUUGAUAAGGCUGUAGAUGAGUUCUUUUCCAAGAUAGAGAGUCAAAGAAUCGACAUGAAAGCCUUGCAGCAGGAGAAGCAAGCUCUGAAGAAGUUGGAAAAUGUUAAGAAGGACCAUGAGCAGAGGCUGGAGGCCUUGCACCAAGUACAGGAGGUGGACAGAGUAAAGGGCGAACUGGUGGAGAUGAACCUGCCUGUGGUAGAGAGGGCGUUGCAGGUGGUUCGCAGUGCACUGGCCAACCAGGUGGACUGGACUGAGAUAGGCAUUAUCGUCAAAGAAGCACAAGCUGCUGGAGACCCUGUGGCCUGCGCCAUCAAGGAGCUGAAGCUGCAGACCAACCACAUCACAAUGCUUUUAAAGAAUCCGUAUAUUUCUGAGGAAGACCAGGAAGAAGAGGAGAAAAAAGAGGUGACUGAGGAGAAGGGGAAGAAAAACAAAAAUAAAGACAAAGGACAGAACAAGAAGCUGCAAGGAAACAAACCCAUGUUGGUGGAUGUGGAUCUCAGCCUGUCAGCCUAUGCCAAUGCCAAAAAGUACUAUGAUUGCAAACGCAGUGCUGAAAAGAAGGAACAGAAAACCAUUGAAGCAGCGGGUAAGGCUAUGAAAUCUGCGGAGAAGAAAACACAGCAAACACUGAAAGAAGUCCAGACAGUGAUGACCAUUCAGAAGGCCAGAAAAGUCUACUGGUUUGAGAAGUUCCUGUGGUUCAUCAGCUCCGAGAAUUACCUCGUCAUCGCAGGAAGGGAUCAGCAACAGAACGAGAUGAUCGUCAAGCGCUACCUCCGGGCCGGCGAUAUCUAUGUUCACGCUGACCUCCAUGGAGCGACUAGUUGUGUCAUCAAAAAUCCCUCAGGUGAUCCCAUCCCUCCUCGUACCCUGACAGAAGCUGGCACUAUGGCCGUGUGCUACAGUGCUGCUUGGGAUGCCAAGAUCAUCACCAGCGCCUGGUGGGUCCAUCAUCAUCAGGUGUCUAAGACAGCUCCCACUGGAGAGUACUUGACCACUGGAAGUUUCAUGAUCAGAGGAAAGAAAAACUUUCUGCCACCUUCUUACUUGAUUAUGGGCUUUGGCUUCCUCUUCAAGGUAGAUGAGCAGAGCGUGUUCCGGCACAGGGGGGAGCGAAAAGUGAAGACAGUGGAGGAAGACAUGGAGGAGGUCACAUCUGGAACCUCUGAGCUGUUAGAGGAGGAAGAGGAGCUGAUAGCAGGUGAUGACAGCAGUAAUGAAGAUGAGGAAAGAGCGAGAGGAGAUGAAGAGAACAAGGAGAUGGAAAAGAAGAUAAAAAAUGAGGACAACGCUGUUCCUGAGGAGCCUGCUGCAGACGCAGGGAGGAAGCUGUCAGAGCAGAGCAACAUGGAGGAGGAGGAGGAGGAAGGAGAGGAGGGUGGAGAGGAAGACAGCGACAAGGAAAAGGAGAUAAAGAAUGAAGAGAGUGAAGAAUUCAGCUUUCCGGAUACUACCAUCUCCCUCUCUCAUUUACAGCCCAAGAGGAGUUCACAGAACCCUGGAUUCAAAAGGGAAGAGACCACUCAGACUGAGGCAGACUCACAGGGGAAGAAACACAUGACUGCCAAGCAGAGACGAGAGAUGAAGAAGAAGCAGAAACAGGAAGGUUGUGACAUUGAAGAGAAGACAGAGAUCACAUCCGCUGGAUCAGCAGUCAAUCAGGGAUCCAAAGGUGGAGGAGGCCCAUCCCAGCAGCCACUGAAGAGAGGUCAAAAGAACAAGUUGAAGAAAAUCAAAGAGAAAUACAAAGACCAGGAUGAAGAGGACAGAGAGCUGAGGAUGCAGCUGCUCGGGUCAGCCGGUUUAACUAAGGAAGAGAAGGAUAAGGGGAAGAAAGGAAAGAAGGGGAAAGGAAAAGAGGAGCACGUCAGGAAACCGGUCUCUCAAAAACCACCUCCGAAACCUCGUAACGUGGAGACAAAGAAACCAGAGCAGACAGAAGGAGGAGAGGUUGAGGAGGGGGGUCCUGCCGAACAAGAGGAUAAGGAGGAUGACGUGGACCAGGACAACCCCGGAGCAGAGGAAGCAGAGAAUCUGCUCACCUCUCUGACAGGCCAACCUCAUGUUGAAGACGUGCUGAUGUUUGCUGUUCCAGUCUGUGCUCCUUACACGGCCCUCACCAAUUUCAAACACAAGGUGAAACUGACACCAGGCACUCAAAAGAAAGGAAAAGCUGCACGCACUGCAGUUUUCAGCUUUUUGAAAGCUAAGGAAGCAUCAACUAGAGAAAAGGACUUGUUCCGCAGUGUCAAGGAUACGGACCUAUCCAGAAACAUCCCAGGCAAAGUUAAAGUGUCUGCUCCAAACCUGCUCGCUGCCAAGAAGAAAUGAGAGAUGGGUGCAUACACGCCUGGCAGGAAGUGUGAAAUUAAGUAUCGACACAGAACUGCACAGUGUGAUUCAGUUCAGUGAGACAAUACGGACUUCAUCUAUAUUCCAAACAUGAGGGUUAACAUCUGAUCAUCUGUAUAAAAAAAGCCCUUGUUUGGAUACCAAUUGUAUUUGUUGACCAAAAAUCUGUUUGAAAUGAAAACCAUGUAAAUUAACAACCCCGAAUAAUGGAACAAAACUUUGUGGUAUGUGUUUAUUCUUUGAGUACAAAGUUAACAGUAGGCUUUGUAUUCUACAAUAAAAAACACCAAUGGAACAUUGUGCAAACCAGGCAAAUACAAACAAAGCCCUACUGAUAUGAGGCAUUUCAGUGCAACGUGGCUCAACAUCAACAUACUCGCAGUAUUUUCAAGUUAUUGAUUAAAUAAGAUUCAAAGGCUACAGGAGCCAAUUUAAAGGCUUCAAAGCCUCUUUCAAAACCUCAGAUAAUGAAACCACAUCUUUUCUCACAAUUAUAUAAAUAACUAUAUAUACAAAUAAAAACUAAAAGGAACAUUUCUGUGGCUUCAGAGUAGAUAGUCGUACACAGCUUAAAGCACUAGUUUGAGGUCUGUGUGAACUUAAGCAAGCUACUCAAGAUCGUGCCAAACAUAAUCUGUGCUGUAUCAGCCUUACACCUCUGUAGGUAGUGUUUUAGACAUUAGACGCUUAUUUUAAGUUGGUUCAAUUUCUGAGGAAGACUCAUGAAAACCACUACAACCAACUGACUGGCGCAUGUAUUGUCCAUUUUGAAGGACCAGAACUAUUCCCUUGACCCUUGGGUAUAACUGCAGGAUGUACUAUAUUCUUGUGGAGGAAACAGAGUAGCUAAAACACAAAGCUUAAGUCCUGCCCCCCCCUCUCCAAACUUUAUUCUUUUCCCUUAGCCCUAAAUAAUACAGUUCACAUUCUCGGAGAGUUGCCUUUCAAUAGUCUUCCUGAAAAGCUUUAGACAUGUUAGAAGACUUUUGUGUUUAUUGUUUAGUUAGUUAUGCAGGUAUCUACUACUGUGCUGGAUAAUACAAUUUUAACACCUCAUUUUAACUAAAAUAAAAUAAUCUUUUUUCUUUUUUCCAAACACCCUUACAUUUUAUUACCCAGCACAGCAGUAGACAUCCAUCUACUGCUGAAUGUGGACAGAAAGCUUUUCCAAGGAAGUGAUGAGAGAACCCCUCCUGAAAUUUUUUUUAUAAAAUAUUAUAACCAGCUUUAAGGGUUGCCUGCCAACCUUAGUGUACCAGUCAGGACCCAUUUCAGACAGAUCCACAGCUGUUCACUAUUUUUUUUUGUCCACACACAUUAAACUAAUGCUCUAAAAAAAAAAGGACUAGCUGCUUUUAGAGUAACACUCUUCCAUACAUCCA